AUGGACCCUCCUCCCGCGAAGGCAGAGGCGGCGGCGGCGCGGUCGACGCUGCUGGACGUGCAGGAGGUGGAGUGGAUCACGCGGGAGCUGGAGCGGCUGCUGGCGAAGGAGCAGAGCGGCGACGGCGUUGGCGACGCUGGCGCGGCCGGGCGACACCGGCGGAAGAGGGCCAGGCUCAGCCCCGCCCCCGCGGCACACAAGGGGGGCUUCCUGGCCGACCUUCUGGGGAGGCAUGCCGUCUCCAUAUGCAGCGGGGACACCGUGGACCACAGCACCGCCGCCGCCGCGGACAGAGGGCGCCGGCGAGGCGGCCGGGGCGGCUUCCGCGAGGUGGAGAAGGUCCAGCCCAAUCGCGGCAUGCUCCGCCGUCAUCGACCCGUUCAGCUGGUUGAACCCGGCCCAAAACAACCAGAAGCCAAGCCUUGGAAUUGGAAGCGUAGAGAAGCGAGACCCGUGGGAGUGGAGCUGGCAGCCGAAGGGACCCCAGACCCCGAGAGAGAGACCGAGCUAGGUGUGGUGACCCAAAUGGAGGCGGCCGCCACGUCGCCGUCGCCGGAGCAGCCGCUGCUCCGGCCCCCAUCCCCGCCGCCGAAUCCCCGCGCCGACGCCAGCUCCGGCAACCCGGCUUCGCCUUCUCCCUCCGCGGCGAGGCCGAGCCGCCUCGCGGCGCUCAUCGGGCGCGCGGCGGGGCGGCGCGGGCCCUCGAUGUUGGUGCGCGAGACGGCGGCGCUGCAGCUGCAGCGGAGGCGCGCGGACUGGGCGCACUCCCGCCCCGUCGUCGCGCUCGACAUCGCCUGGAACGUCGCCUUCGCCGCCGCCGCGGCCGCCGUGCUCGCUUCCUCCGCCGAGGAGAGCCCCGUCAAGCCGCUCCGCCUGUGGCUCGUCGGGUACGCCGCCCAGUGCCUGGUGCACGUCGGGCUUGUCUGCGCCGACACCCGCCGCGAGACGCGGCGCGCCCGGGGCUCGGCCUCCGACGUCGAGUCUGCCGGCGCAGGGACGGACAGCUCGGACGCCGACAGCGAAGAUGACGAAAGGGCGGAAGGGAGGAGCAGCCGUACAAGUCGUUGCGAGACGAUGAACACGUUGAUAUCAUUUCUGUGGUGGAUCAUUGGAUUCUACUGGCUAGUGUCAGGCGGGGAGGUGCUCGAGUACGGCGCUCCAAGGCUGUAUUGGUUAACCAUUGUGUUUCUGGCCUUUGAUGUGUUUUUCUCUGUGUUUUGUGUUGCUGUGGCCUGUUUCAUUGGGAUUGCACUGUGUUGCUGCUUGCCUUGUGUCAUUGCUAUCCUGUAUGCUCUGGCUGACCAGGAGGGUGCAUCAGAUGCAGAUAUUAGUGUUCUUCCGAGAUAUAGAUAUUCUGAUCCAAGUGAGGAUGGUGAGAAGGGGAGUGAUGAAGGACUGAUGAUCCCUAUCCUGAAUAAUAGUGGAAUGUCAACAAGUGAGCGUAUUAUCCUUCGUGAGGAUGCUGAAUGUUGUGUCUGUCUCUCAUCAUACGAAGAUGGAGCUGAGUUAUCUGCUCUCCCCUGCAACCAUCACUUCCACUGGACUUGUAUUACCAAAUGGCUGCGCAUGAAUGCGACAUGUCCACUCUGCAAGUAUAACAUUCUCAAAGGCAGUGACAGUGCAUGA